AUGCCAUUUGGUUUAAAGAAUGCAGGUGCAACUUACCAACGUCUGAUGGACAAGGUGUUCCGACAUCAAAUAGGUCGGAACAUGGAAAUCUACGUGGACGAUAUGGUCGCCAAGACCACACAAGAAAAGUCACACUGCGACGAUCUCAGGGAAAUAUUUGAACAGAUCCGAGCAUACAACAUGAGACUCAACCCAGAGAAAUGUACCUUCGGAGUACAAGGAGGUAAAUUCCUUAUAUUCAUGCUGACCUCACGAGGAAUUGAAGCUAACCCUAAGAAAUGUGAGGUAAUACUUAACAUGGUGAGCCCUAAAACAAUAAAAGAGGUACAACAAUUAGCAGGAAAGGUAGCGGCAUUAUCUCGGUUCUUACCAGUAGCGUCAAGCCGAUCAUAUCAUUUCUUCCAAACAAUAUCAAAGAAUAAGAAGUUUCAAUGGACAGAAGAGUGCGAGAAAGCGUUCACCAAGCUCAAAACCAUUCUAUCAUCACCACCCGUGCUGCAAAGACCUGAAAGUCAUGCAAUCAACGGAGCAAAGGUAUCCAAGGAUAGAACAGCUAGCUUUAACACUUGUAAUAACAGCAAGAAGACUCAGGUACUACUUCCAAAGCCACACGAUAAUAAUAAGGACAAACCAGCCAUUGAGACAAAUACUGACAAAACCAGAGUUGGCUGGGCGUCUGAACAAAUGGUCCAUCGAGCUCUCGGAAUUCGAUAUCCAAUAUCAACCAAGGUCGGCCUUGAAAGCACAGAUCCUAGCAGACUUUAUUUCGGAACUAACCCCGAACGGCUCAAUAAACACUGGGAGUUACACGUUGAUGGGGCAUCCAGCCGAGAGGGAAGCGGAGCUGGGAUAAUCCUGAAAGAGGGAGACAAAGUGGUGGCCGAGCAAUCUCUCCAGUUUCACUUCCCAGCAAGCAACAAUCAGGCCGAAUAUGAGGCACUCAUAGCAGGACUCAAGCUCGCCCUAAGCCUCCAAGUACAAAGCCUGACAGCACAUUGUGAUUCCCUCUUGGUGGUACAACAAAUCCGAGGAGAAUUCCAGGUAAAAGAUCCCUUGCUUGAGCGAUACUGGCUCAUAGCAAAGGAUCUCAUUUCAAAAUUUAGCACAUUCAUUAUUCCGCAUGUACAUAGAGAAAAGAAUGUCAGAGCAGACGUAUUAUCUAAACUUGCAUCCACUAGGGCAGACACACAAGCAUCGGCAUUAUCACAACUCACACUUAAGAAACCAAGCAUUGAAACAUUAUCUAUAACAAGUAUUAACCACCUCCGCGACUGGAGAACACCCUUCCUUGAGUACAUCAAUACAGGUACUGUGCCCAGAGACGAGCUCAAUCCGCAACACUUCAGACGAAAAGCAAGCCUCUACACAAACAUAGCAGGUGACCUAUAUAGGUGA